GUGUGUGUGUAUACCAAGUUUCCAAAUUUUCCUCUUUUCGUCGCAAACAAAAAAUUUGUCAAUAUGGUGGCGUACUACGACGAGUGCGACGCCACCGAGAACCCCAAGACCCUCACCGACUGGGUGCGUAAUUUCCGCGUGAAACGCCAGAAAAUGCGACGCAAGUUGCGUGGCGCUGGCAAUGAUCUGCGCGUGAACGCCAUUUUGUCGACGGCCCUGCUCCACGCAGAGCACGAGCUGCGCAGAAAGCAGCAGGAGCGGUUCAGCCGCUGGCUGGAGAUGCAAACGCGAUUUGUGCCCCACGGCAGGACGCACUGCGCCAGUGACGCGGUGGCCACCUCGAACGCCAAGGCUGCUGCGGAGGCGGAGGCAGAAAGCAAUUUGUGGAGCAGCGAGCUCAGUGGCCUCGACAAUUUUAUGCGCAGCCUGAGCAGCAACAACAACAAGGGCGCCAGCAACAACAAUGGCAGCAACAGUUGCACAGGAAUUGGCAGCAACAACAACAGCCAGCUCAGCUGCGCCAUUGCAGUGGCCAGUUAGAAAGAGAUGAAUAUAUGAUGCUGUGUGUGUAUACGUGACUGACACAUACGCACAUGCACAAAAUGGUGGCACAAAGAGCGAAAACUGUUUGAUUUUCAGCUGUCGUAACAUUUCCCUUUACGUCGCCCUAGCUUUAUUUAAUCAUUGUUAAACUAGUUUUAUUACGACAACCCAUUUCUCAUUUGCAGUCGCAAACGUGUGCAAGGCUGUUAUAGAUUGUAA